AUGGGGUUCUCUGCAAAUCACAAGAAGCUGAACUGGCGGAGUUACUCCUACGGCUAUGCUGCUUCAAUCAUUGCCACAACACUCGGCCAGCCAACCUUCUUGAUGUACAUGCACCUGCUUGACGCUGAAGGCGUUCCCGCGGCGAACGCAUCUGCCUUGAGCGGAACCACUGUGGGCUUGUUCUGCGCAGGAGGUUGUAUAGGUGUAUUGGUCUCAAGUUGGGCCCUCGACAAGUUCGGCAGAAAGCCGACCAUGUAUGCCUUGACAGCUCUUUACAUUCUUGGUGGUAUUCUAGUCACAGCAGCUCAGAACAUUGCCAUGUUCAUCGUUGCGCGAACCAUUCAUGGAUUCGCUGCUGUCAGCUUCAUUGCUACUACGUCCAUGUAUAUCUCCGAGCUCUCCCAGGCAGAGACACGAGGAUUUUUCGUCGGCAUGACUGGUGUGGCAAUCGCCUGUGGCUAUACCACUGCUUCUCUAAUGGGUCUGGCCUUCUCAUACACAACGAAUCCAAGCGUCCAAUGGAGAACUCCACUUGGUAUCUGCCUUGUGCCGGCCGCGGGUCUGCUGGUCGCGUUAUACCUCGCGCCAGAAUCUCCGCGCUUCUUGUUGACUAAAGGAAGGACAGAAGAAGCAUGGAAAAUUGUUAGCAAACUGCAUUACGAUCCGACAUCUGAGAACCAAGAAUAUGUCAAGGAGGAGUUCUUCCAGAUGAAAACACAGCUUGAAUUCGACAGAACCCUGGACUCUUCAUGGAUUCACUUGUUUAGAAAGCCUUCCUACCGAAGGCGAACCCUUAUGGCUUGCCUGGUUACCUUCCUUGGGCAGACAACUGCUGUUCUUGUUGCAGCUGCCUACGGUCCUUCCCUCUACGCGGCCCUCGGAUUCAAUGUCAAGCAGAGCCUUAUACUCCAAUGUGGUUGGAUUGCGGGUUCGAUCCCAGCAUCGCUUACUGGUGCAAUUAUGUGUGAUCGCUUCGGACGCAAGCCUUUCAUCAUGACUGGUUUCGUUGGGUGUAUCGUGUCAUUGUCACUUCUCGCUGCCAUGCAGGCUGUUUAUGCUCCCAGUGGAACUAAUAAAGUCGGACUCGGAUGGGCUGUUGCCGCCCUCUACAUGAUCGUCAUAUUCUACUGCCUUGGUGUCGAGUCCUGUGGUGCCCCUUUUUACACUGAAAUCUUUCCCACCCAUAUUCGGGCAAAAGGCGUCUGCUUUUGCGUCUUUGUCAAUAGUCUGGCAAACCUGCUCUAUCUCGAAGCCGCCCCCACUGCCCUCCAGAACAUCGGUUGGAAAUUUCUGCUGGUAUUCAUCGUGGUCUUGUCCCUUGGGUCCGUUCUAUAUUGGCUCUGGAUUCCUGAGACUAGAUCAGUGCCUCUGGAAGAGCUUGCGGCGAUCUUUGGCGAUGCGGACGAAGUCAAACUCUAUUCGAGUGAAUUGACUGUUGACAGCAAUGGUGAAGUUGCCCGCGAGGAGCAUCAUGAAACAGAAAAGAGCAAGCAAGUACCUGAUGUUGUCAUGCGUGAGAGUAUCUAA